GGAGAUGGACUGCCCCAUCCGACCCGAGGAUCUGAUGAGCGACGUGGAGCCCCUGCCGCUCUCCGCCCCCGGCUCUGCCCCAGCCAGCCCGAGGUCUGCCCGAGCUUCAGCCGCCUUCGACCGCACUGUCACCGUCGCCUCGGCCCGGUCGCUGCCCGCCAGCCCACGAACCGUGGUCUCCUCCUCGUCGAGGUCACCGCCAGGCUGUACACCUCGCUGCAGACCAGCCGCGAGCUGGAGACCGACCGCAGCCCUUUGCUGGAACAGCGGCCCGGUCUCGAAGUGGGAGAGGGCCCCACGGGCACACGUUGGGAGUCCUCGGGCAAGCGCGUCGUCAGGGGGGGCUUGGCAAAGGACGCCUCUCGCGCCGAGUCCAGUCCAGCUUCCUCCUCGAGACGUGCUGCAGCCUCGGCGCAAGGAGAGGUGGCAGAGCGCAGUCACGCACCCUGCCUGCGACCGUUCAGCACCGACAGGCACUGCUUCGGGAUCCCUGAGCCUCAGACCUUCGUCCAGUCGCAGGAGGACGCCCCAGGGACCAGAUCGGCAGCUGCAGAGCUCGUUGCCUCCCGACCCCCGGGGCCCUCCCGCCUCACCAAGGACACGGGCUCUGCCGGUCGCUUUGCACCACCAGAUGUGGAGGAGCUGGCUAUGGAGAUGACCCAGAGACUGUCCACGAGGGUGGAAACCAGUAGUGGGCCAAAGGCUGGAUCCAGGCACAUCUCGGAGCUGGAGUCGGUACGAUCCCACCUUCAGAGCAUGCUGAAGUUCUCUCAGGAUCUCACCGAUAGGAAUGACGCUGUCAGUCCGGCCGAUGAGCAGCGGAGGGGGAACGACUCAUUUGAGAGCGACUGCACCAGCUCCCUGCUCAGUGCUAAACCGUUCCAGGAGAUAUCAGCGUCCCCGCCAGCACCCAUCCUGGGAUUGGACGAAGCCGCGCUCUUUCCCCGGUAUUCCCGGAUGCGGCUGGGGGCGGGGCCAGCAGCUGAAUCUUCCCUCUACGAGUAUCAGAUCCUGAAGGACACUCUUGACAAAGAGCGUACGAGGAGAAAGCACUGUGAGAAACAGAUUCAGAUCCUACAGAACAAGAUCCUGGAACUCCAGCAGCAGUUGGCUGUGGCAGUGUCAGCUGACCGAAAGAAGGACAUCAUGAUUGAACAGCUGGAUAAGACCCUGGUGAAGGUGGUGGACGGCUGGAAGAAACACGACGCGGAGAGGUCUGAAGCCAUGAGGCAGUUGCAGGAGGAGCAUGAGGCUGUAGAGCGGGAACGUGGUGAGCGUCAACAGGCACUGUUGAACUUUGAGCACCAUUUAUCCCAGGCAACCCAAGCUCUGGCAAAAGAGCAACAGGAGAAGGAACUGCUGGAGAAGGAGAGGGGCUUGUUGCAGGAUGAGGCCCACAAGCUCUGCGAGACUCUGCAAGCCGAGCAGCAGCACAGCCAGGAGCUGCAGGCUGACCGCGAUGAGGCGGAGAGCGGCAGGUUGCAGGAGCAGAAGCGCGCGGAGGCCCUGCAGGCCCAGCUGGCUGAGGAUCGGGAGGCCUGGGACCGGCGGGAGAAGCAGCUGGAGCAAUGGAGCGCCCGGCGCGAGGAAGAGUUUCAGAAGGAGAUCGAGAAGGAGAUGGCGGCCACACAGCGAGAGGCUCAGCGAGGGCAAGAUGCGCAGCAGGUGCUGUCGGCUGUCCAGACCGAGAUGCAGCGGCUGGAGAGCGAACUGGACACGGUCAGCCGUGACAGGGAAAACCUGCAGAUGGAGCUCAGCCUAGUGAAGGCGCGCUUUGAUUCACAAAGGGUCAAGAGUGAGACUGAGUUCAAGGUGGCCCUGGAGCAGCAGGUGACUGAGCGACUGACGACCGUACAUGAAGACAGCAGCCGUCAGAUGGCUGCCAUCCGGGAACAGCACAGGAAGCAGAUCAUGGAACUGACAACACAGCACGAACACGAGAUGGGCAAGCAGCUGGCUGAGUUCAAACUGGAACUGCAGGAGCGCGAGAAGAAGCAUCGGCACGUGAUAGAGGGAUAUGAACUGAGGUUGGCGAAGGGGCAAGAGGAGACUGGGAGGCUGCUGGCAGUGAAGAGGAAGCUGGAGGUGCAGCGAAGCGAGAUGGUGUCCAAGCUGCAGACCAUGAUGCAGUCCCACUGGAACGAGGCGCUGAAGGUGCUGAUGUCCGAAAACACCCCACAUGGCCCCCAGCAACUGCAGCAACCCGCUCUUCAUUGUGACCAAGUCCCUGUCUACCAAGAACUGAACAGGAGCUUGUCUGCCUCGGGAGCUCCAUACGGCGGAGUGCGCGCGGAUGGCGAUCUCUCAUCCUGCCCCGUCCCUCCCGCCUUGGAGACCGACCGGCUGAAGCUCUCCUCGUCUGGCCAAGGCCCCGCGGACUCGUUCGCGACGCAUCGAUCAGAGCAGCUGUUCCGGGACGUGCAGGGGAUCGACCCCCGUGCCCGGGGACUGAUUCCAGACCACAGAGCCUCCGGGGAAAGGAUCGAGGACGGAGAGCUGCCUGAGACUCAGGACGCUCGCAACCCCAACGCCUGCUUCCCUCGGGCCAUUCCCUUGCAGCCCAUAGUGCAGCUAGUUCCAACGGCAACCGUGGAUCAAGCAGUCAACCCGCCCAGCAGGCACGCCUCCGUGGAUUGGAACCAUGGCGCAGUGAUGGAGCCCCGCCUCAAGGGUGACGACUGCGUCAGUGGCAGUGAACGCCUGCCUGUGACAGCGAGCUCACAAGACCAGCGGCCGAUGCUCCCACUGCUGCCCAACCCUCACUGCUUGGAAGAUCUCAGCCAUUUCCUCAACUACAGCUUCCUCAGCCACGCCAGCUUCCAGCCUCUCGAGCCACAGAUGGAUGAGACAAUUCGAGCUACUGGCCCCCACCCGGAGGAGUUGGCCGAGCACCCGUUCACUGACACCGAGGCUGGCGCACGGACUCAGUACCAGCGGCUGAGCGAGGGUGGGACAGCUCCAGACAGCAGCUUUGACUCGUCGGGGGGGCAGUCCUCGCAGGACCAGAGCUCGCGGAGCAGUGAGCUGCAGUACUACAUACAGAUGCUCUUGGACCGAUCACCUAGCGACCCUGUGGAUACCAAUGGGGAUGCAGGGACUUCCAACAUAACACAACCCAGUACAGAAACACAGCAAGGAUCUCCGGUUGUGCCAGACCACUCCAGUCUCUGGGAGACAGUCAGGCCCCAGCCAAUGGGGCAGUUGUCGACCACACAAAGCUUUAGGCCCCCGAGCAGCGCUGUGCAGAAGGUGAAGAUCGGUCCCUCUGAGUCGGUCCACAUGCAGCGGGGGUUUGCACCCCAGUUCCCCCAGAAAUCAGGGCUUGCAGGCGGAAUGCUGUCACCCAAGCAGGUUGGGGAGCUCUCGAGACUGCUGAGCAUGUACAACAGUACCUCGGAUCACCCAGCGCCUUCCAUGGACGAGCUCUUCACCUAUCUGAGGGCCAUCCAGGAUGAUAGGUUGGUGGGACCAGAGGGUCUGGCUUCCACUGCUCAAAGGAACCAAGAUCAGAAGCUAAACCCAACAGCAAAGAAAGAGGGUUUGUCAGCCCAGCCAUCUGUCCAGAAGCGCUUCGUCAACAGCAAGCCAGAGAAUCGCCCCAACUCUGGCAAAGAGAAGAGGAGAGGUGUACCAUCCUCCCAGGGAGGAGGAAGCAGAGGAACCAAGACAGCCAUCUGGAGAUAGGCAAGCUCCCUUCCCAGUCACUGAACCGUUGGUUUCUUGGGAGGGCUGCAGUGCAUCUCUGCAUCAGCUGUAACUGCACUAACCUGAUUGGUGCUGAAUGAUUUAACUUCCAAGAGUGGUGGUAUGGUCAGAGGCAUGUCGAUGUGCUGCAGAGGGACCUUCAAUCAGGUUCCACCCAGCCCUGAAGAGUUUAAUUUUUCACAACAGUCACCAAAAAUUUGAGAGGUGCUAAUCUGUACGGCAUAUCAGAGUUGUGGGAGGGAUAAAUAUUCUGGCUUUUGUAUGUUGCUCACUGCGGCAACCACCCUCUCUUCAAAGCUUGCCCCAUCCCACUAAUGGCUUGUUCCAUAAUUGCCUUCCCUCUUGAUUCCUGCCCUCACUUUAACCCCCCCAGCUUUCUAAUUAUACUGUACGCCAAGUAACUGCAUACCGGAUAUAUCACUGGAGGAUGUGUCUUCUGUUUACCUCCUGGCAUAAUUCUGAUAUACUGGCCGUUUAUUCUGAGCAUCUACCUUGACAUAAAAUUUAAUGCUGUCACAUUUAAGUCACUUUAUUGUUUUGGGUUAAAAUCUAGAUUUACAUCUGUAUCACUUACUAAACAAUCUGCUUUUUGAGCUGCCCAUGACCAAAUUCCCUUUAUUCUGGCCAUUGUUUCUUUCCCAUUGAUUUAUUCUUUCACACUGUCUCUGUCUGUGUGUCUGUCUGUGUUCCAGAGAUAAUGGCCCAAAUGUCUGUUGUCUUAUUCCAAGUCAGAUUCCCAAGCCCCUUCAUUGUGGUGACCUGAGAGGAACUGGUGCUACUUUUGUAAGGGUGACUGCUCAUCUCAAAAAGUGUUCAGGCCCGUAGUGUUUUGAGAAAGCACAUUUCCAUGAAUUGCAAUUUGCUGACAACGAUUCUGGCUGUGUGAUACCUUGUGUUUGGAUGAACAGCCUUUGUCACCCAUUGUCCAAUCAGAGGUCUCUAGAGGGUGGGUAUUUCAUUCCAUGCUCCUUUGCACAUCUUACCCUGGACCUUGUGCUGGAUACUGAAACCCAGUGUGUGCCCCACUCAAAUCCCUACGCCACAGUUAAUGGGGCUACCCAAUCCUCCUCUCGUUUGCUCUCAGCAUAGAGUGUGCAGUCACAGUUAGCAGACGAGGCUCUUGUUCUACCUGCUGGUAUUGAGCAGAUACAGCCUGCAGUCAGAAGUCUGCACAUCACCCUCUGUGACCUCCAUUUGCAAAUCACUGACUCAAUGCAACCUACAGAGGACUCUGUCCAACUGAAAGGCAUUAAAUAUGUUCUAGGGGUAGUUCUUAAAGAAGUUUGGUUCUUUUUUUAUAUGCACAGUGUUUCUCCUCAAGUACCCCCCAAGGAUGAUAUAUGCUCUCUGACACUAUUUAACUCUUUGCACUUAAUAUGUACUAUCCACAGGCUUUGUGUGACAGCUGAACUUAAUCUCCUCCAUCCCAGGUGAUUUUUGUCUUGUUUGCUGUGUGCUGUCACUUUGUCCAUUUGCUUCCGUGAGUGUUUAUAUUUGUGUGUGUGUGUGUGUGUAUUUUUUUAAACUAUCUUGAGUGCCUUAUUUUAAUAUGGAUUUUAUAUAAAUAAACUUUAUAGAACUAUUUUUAAAAACA